AUGCAUUCUCAUAUUUAUACUGAAAAUAAUUCAUAUUUAUUCAAUACAACAACUUUUAAUAAACAACAUGAAUUAACAAUAAAUAAUAAUUAUUCAUCAUCAGAUUGUCAAAUAUCAAUACCAUAUAAUACUAAUAAUGAAUCAAUACCUGUAUCAUAUUAUACUGAUGAUAUUUAUAUGAAUUCAAUGUUAUUUACACAAACAACAACAAAUAAAUUUUAUGAACCAAUUAAUUCAUAUAAUUCUUAUUUCAAUGAAUCAUAUCAGUGUGUUAAAUGUGGUACUGUACAACCGAGUGAAAAUAUACAUUGGAGUAAAGAUAUUAGUGGAUUUAAUAUAUGUCAUAAAUGUAAAAUUCCUUCAAUAGCUAAUCGAAAAAACAUUACUUCAGGUAAUCAAUGUGCAAAUUGUUUUACAAGAGAUACAACAUUAUGGCGAAGAAAUAUUAGUGGAGAAAGUGUUUGUAAUGCUUGUGGUCUUUAUUAUAAAUUACAUAGAAUUAAUCGACCAUUAGAAUUAAAAAAAGAUGGAAUUCAAAAACGAAAACGUAAAUCAAAAAAAGAUAAAUUAUCAACAAUAAACGAUGUGCCAAUGCUUGAUAAGACUAAAAAGCAAUCUGCACCAAUUAUUUUCGAUACAUCACUAUGUACAUUUGAAAAUGAUCAACAAUUGAAUAAUCUACAAUCUUCUUAUACAAACUAUUCAACUGAUCCUGCACCUGAUAAUGUCUUAUUUUCAUAUAAAACAUCUAGUCUUUAUCCACAUUUUCAUCAUAUUAAUAAUUCAUCAUCAUCGGUUAAACAGCUUCCGUCACAAUAUAAUUAUUAA